UUACGGCGUAACGGGUUUAUGCACAGCACAGACUAACGAAGAUACCCGAACAGGAACAAUACCCCAACUCCAGUGAUAAAAUAGGGAUGGAGAUUGGAAUUUCAAUUAAACAUAUCACCGAAUGAGACAAAUGGUAAAGUAUUGGCAGUUGCUAUAGCCUAACUACGUUUACGCCGUUGAACUUCUGAAAGUUUUUAUUUUGGGUGAUUCCGACUCCGAGAGGAUUGGCAGGACAUAGGAACUUUCAGCGACUGGAAGGAUAAGGACCAACCCAGCUGUAUUUUACAAUCUCCGUUUUAAAACAACUGGAGGAACUGUGACCGGGAUAAUUACAAGGACAUUUGUGUCAAAGAAGUGCAAGGGGCAUUCAGGACCUCUGCUUACAAAUGGUAGGUAGUGUUGCAGCAAUGGAAGAAUCCAUGGACGACUAUGACAAUUACACCUACGAUUAUCUGGAGUAUGGAGACUUGGAAGAAGAAAAAGUCAGAGAUGGAUACUCCCAAAAGGAGGCUAUACACAUCAUAUCAGUAGUCAUGUAUAGUAUUUCAUUUGUGCUCGGUGUCACUGGCAAUGGAAUAGUCAUAUGGGUGAUGACAUUUAAAAGCAAACGGACAGUGAACAGUGUAUGGUUGCUGAACAUGGCUAUAGCAGAUUUUGUGUUUGUGCUCUUUUUACCCUUCUCUAUCGACUACGUUCUUCGAGACUUCCACUGGUCCUUUGGGCUGGUCAUGUGUAAGCUAAACUCGUUUGUGUCUGUGAUGAACAUGUAUGCCAGUGUGCUCUUUCUCACAGUGCUCAGUCUAGACAGGUAUGUCUCAUUGAUUCACCUUAGCUGGUCUCAGAGGUGUCGCAGUGUAUGGCGAGCCUGGAUGGUAUGUGGCUGUGUGUGGGGGGUGUCUGCUCUACUGAGCCUCCCUACCCUGAUAUUCCGUGACACUGUGAGUUACCGUGACCGGGUGAUGUGCUUCAACAACUUUAAUGUCCAGGAUAGACAUACAGCUGCUGUGAGACACAUUACGUUGGUGGUCAUCCGUGCUGCAGUGGGAUUCCUACUGCCCUUCAGUGCCGUCUGUGUGACUGGAAUUCUCCUGGCAAUCAAAGUCCACCAGUCGGACGAUUCUGUGUGCCUGUCUAGCUUUUCUAAGACAGUUUCAGCUGUCAUUCUGGCCUUCUUUUUGUGCUGGGCACCAUUCCAUACCUUUAGUUUAAUGGAGCUUUCCUUAAACUCAUCACUGUACCUACAUGCUGUUCUGAAGACAGGCUUUCCUCUUGCUACUAGCUUAGCCUAUUUCAACAGCUGCGUCAACCCCUUCAUCUACAUGCUGGUGGGUAAGAAGGUUCGCCAGCUCCUGAAACGCUCGUGUCUGGACAUCACAAAGAGUACUCUGCGGGAGCUCAACCAGUCCAUCUCUGCAACUGAAUCAGUGCCUAUAGCAGACAUAAGACCUCCAUACAUCAGUUCACCACAGGAUCCCACAGAAUCAUCAACGGUUUGAUUAUACUGACCUAAUCACACAGUUACCUAUAGCAGAAACCAUCAGAAACUGCCCUUUGAUCUAAUCCCACAGUUACCUAUAGCAGAAACCAUCAGAAACUGCCCUUUGACCUAAUCCCACAGUUACCUAUAGCAGAAACCAUCAGAAACUGCCCUUUGACCUAAUCCCACAGUUACCUAUAGCAGAAACCAGCAGAAACUGCCAUUUGACCUAAAAGAGCCAGCCUGACCAUUAUUUUAGUCCAAAUGUGACUUAUUUUAUAUUUUACUUCAGUGUAACAUUUGUGCUAGUUGUUUGAGUUGGAUACUUCCAAGUAGCAAUUACUUUGAGUGCCAACGUCUGUUUGAGUGCCCUCAUAGGAAAACUUGAGUAAAGACGUGCGCUAAAAGUAUAACUUGCACAGGGGAAAAGAGGCAACUUUAAUGAUUUUAAAAAGAAGUAUCUGAUCCUAUUUACCCCGAAGACAAAUAGGAAAGGAGGCCACCCUUCCCCACUUUCUCUGGAACAGGCUGUCUCUGGAACAGGCUGUCUCUGGAACAGGCUGUCUCUGGAACAGGCUGUCUCUGGAACAGACUGUCUCUGGAACAGGCUNUGUCUCUGGAACAGGCUGUCUCUGGAACAGACUGUCUCUGGAACAGGCUGUCUCUGGAACAGGCUGUCUCUGGAACAGGCUGUCUCUGGAACAGGGAUGAUUAGAAGCAGAUCUACCAUUUUCAUAAACACUUUGUAUUUAGAUUUCGGUCAUCAAACAAAUCCAAGUUUAACCCUGACGGCAAUUUAGUCCUUCUCUUUCUUAUUACGUUGAAACAUUUGCCAUUACAAGUUGAUUUGCUGUUGUAGUGUACUCUGUUAUUAUAUGGCUGCUGUACACAUGAGACAAAUUCUAUUAGGUCGUUCUUUAUAUUUUCUAAUUAUAUUAAGCGUAUAAAUUAAUCUCAAUGUUUACAUGACAUUUUCCAAUAGUGUUCACAUUUUUUGUGGGAAUUUGAAAUAUAUGAGGGAAAUUUGGCAUGCAAUUGAUUUGUUAAUUGUAAUAUACUUGAGUCAAAGGAAUAAAGAAUGAAUCCAA